AUGGGUUCAGCUGCAACAAAACAAACUCUCCCUACGAUCAACGAGCCCGAGCCGCAACUCUACGUCGUAAAGCUGAAUGAACAGUUUCUCGGUUUCACGAACUGCAAAACCCUCGCCCGCACAACGCGAAAACUACAGCGCUGGGGCUGGUGGAGUGAUCCUUGUGAUUUCAACAUUGAAGAAGUCAAGAACCGGGAAAAAAUAUACGGGCGCGUGAUAGACAUCCGUGGGCCUCGUAUAGAUCUUGAUGAAGUGUAUGGGCCUGAGGCCUUCAGGACGGAGAGGAAUUUGGUCGAUGAGUAUAGGAGGGAAGAUGCGUGGGCGACUGAGUACUUGAACAGUCAUCACUUCAGACUGAUCAUGUCCGCGAAAACAACAACAGAGCUCAAGCCACUCAUGGUGAAACUCUACACGAUAACCUAUCCUAUCAAGUUCCCCGCAAAAGGAGAGAUUGCCGACGAAAGCACGGCGAUUGGCUACACGAUUUCUUUUGAACUAUGGGAUUUAAUUAGGCGGAUGAUCUGGUUUGCCCACCCCCGACCACGAGGAUGGAAAGUUGCGGAUAUGGUCAAGGUCACUGAGGAGGAUGUUGACAAAAUAUACAAACUCAAAGAUGGCGGGGCCGUAAAACCUCCCGAUGGAUGGGAGGAAGAAUUGGGAGAGGAGGUUUGGAUCACUGCCAAUUUAAUGGCGAGAGUGGACGCCGCCAAAGUAUACUUCAUAGGAUACGAAAAGAUACCCGACACGGAUCUCGAGGACCCUUACGAGUUCGGCUACACAGCCAAGAAAUACAUUCUUGACAAGAUUAAACUCGUCUUCGGACCGCUUGAUACUACUUUAGAGCCAGACGAGCCAGGGUUCUCGGAUAAAUGGAUAUAUGGCAUUAUUCUAGCAGAGAAUGAGGAUGAAAUCCAGAAAUGGCAAGACGAUGACGGAGGAUGCGUAUAUCCAUUCAAGGACAGUGAUGGCAAGGUUGACAGCCAAGGGUGGAUUACAAAACGCUUGUAUCAUACUCUUACAAAGGAAGGCAUCAACCCCAACGAGAAGACGGGAGUCGGCCUCACAAAUCACAAACCCCUGGGAGAAGUCGUUGCCAAAUCCGCCAAAGCCGCUCAACAUCCGGGUGUUGCAGGAUGGAAAGUUGAAGUUCUAUUCAUCUCGAACCACGCGGCUAAGAAAAGAAACAAACGCAAACUAAAAGACGGAAGUCUCGUAAAUAUUGUUCGUGGGAAGUGGGGGUCUGAUGGUAAUGGUCGGUGGGCUACUGCUGGGUUGAUGGCACAACUUGAUAACCUCAAACUUUACGAGGUUGGAUACUGUAACAAACUCAUUCCAGGCUUGCGAAACGAUUUCACCACCAGCUACACGAGUAGUGACUCCAUCGCCGAGGGUAUUGAGUUCAUCUUGAAGUCGCCGCGGUCACCGUAUUCGCUGUUCGGUAAAUGCGAUGCGAUAGUCUUUGGGAACGAGAAAGAACUCACGAAAUACCAAAAGAGUGACGGAGGAUGCAUGCGUCUCUUGACAAAAGACCAGGAUGGAAAGGUUGUUGACGAUGGAUGGACUACGAAUGGCUCACCCAAGAACACUGCUCGCUAUAUUUACAACAUCGAGCUCUCCAUUCUCUUCACCCACUCAUCAACAAUGUCUUUGUACUACAAGAUACUCUACUUCUUAGACAAUGAUGAAGUCACCUCGGCAGUAGGCUAUACAGAUUCCUUCUAUCUUCAUGACCGCAUCGAUGAUUUGGCAGAGAGAGGAGUCUGCAAAGGAUGGAAAGUCGAUAUGGAAAAUCCUAUUCCAAAAGAUCAGAUUAGGGACUGCAAAGAGCUUGACGGUGGAUUUGUAAAUAUCGAUAAAAGAUGGGGUUUGAUCAAGAAGCGACGGGCUACUGCUGGAUUGAUGGCAAGAUUGAACGAACUUUGGAUAUCGAUCGAAAUGCAUAAUGUCUACAGAAUCACCUACCGUGACGCCUCUGGAGACGACAAGAUCGCCUACACGAAUAGCGACCAACUGAUAAACACAUUCAAACUUAUCGUGGAAUACCUGCCUGAAAGGCUAUGGGCAUGUAUGCUAAUUCCUGUCGACAACGAGGAUCAACUCAAGAGACUUCAAUAUGGCAACGGCCGUGGAUGCGGACGCCAUAUCCGGGAUGUUGGGAGCCGUUUCAAUACUGUGGAGGACACCAAAAGCGCAGUGCUCCAAAAUGAUGACGAUGACGACGAAGACGAGAACAUAGAGGGUGGAGACGAUGGAUGGUGCACUACAGAAUUGCUUCCUUUAUAUGAUCCGCUCGGGCGUGAAGCGAUCGAGCGCUGGACAAGCGACAAGGCAAACUAUCCAAAGCCUGCGAAGUAA